CGCUUCCAGGGCUCGGAUAAGGCGGGGUUCUUCACGGAGUACGGCGAGGCGACCCGGUACGAGAUCGGCGAAGUGGUCGGCAAAGGCAGCUACGGCGUCGUGGCGGCUGCCGUCGACACCCACACCGGCGAGCGCGUCGCCAUCAAAAAGAUCGACGACGUCUUCGAGCAUGUCGCCGACGCCACCCGCAUUCUCCGCGAGAUCAAGCUUCUCCGCCUUCUGCGCCACCCAGACAUCGUCGAGAUCAAGCAUAUCAUGCUCCCGCCGUCGCGCCGCGAGUUUCGUGACAUCUACAUUAUCUUCGAGCUCAUGGAGUCCGACCUCCACCAGGUCAUCAAGGCCAACGACGACCUCAGCCCGGAGCACUUUCAGUUCUUUUUCUACCAGCUGCUUCGCGGGAUGAAGUACAUGCACGCUGCCAAUGUCUUCCACCGGGACCUCAAGCCCAAGAACAUUCUAGCCAAUGCCGAUUGCAAGCUCAAGAUUUGCGACUUCGGCCUUUCUCGGGUUUCCUUCAAUGACACCCCGUCCGCGAUAUUCUGGACGGAUUAUGUAGCAACAAGGUGGUAUCGUGCUCCAGAAUUAUGUGGCUCCUUCUUUUCAAAGUAUACUCCUGCAAUUGAUAUUUGGAGCAUAGGAUGUAUAUUUGCCGAAAUGCUUACAGGGAGGCCGCUCUUUCCUGGCAAAAACGUGGUACAUCAAUUGGAUCUCAUGACUGAUCUACUUGGCACUCCUUCAGAAGAAUCUAUUUCCAGGGUUCGAAACGAAAAAGCUCGACGAUAUUUGGGAAACAUGAAAAAAAAGCAUCCAAUACCUUUUUCUCAGAAGUUUCCUGGUGUAGACCCCAUGGCACUCCAUUUGCUUGAGCGUCUUCUUGCUUUUGACCCCGCAGAUCGGCCAACUGCUGCAGAGGCCUUGGCAGACCCAUACUUUACUGGAUUGGCAAAUUCUGAACUCGAACCCACAGCGCAACCCAUCUCGAAACUUGAGUUUGAGUUUGAGAGAAGGAAGCUGGCCAGAGAGGAUUUACGUGAAUUAAUUUACAGAGAGAUUUUAGAGUACCAUCCUCAGAUGUUGCAUGACUAUCUUCGUGGUGGAGAUCAGGCAAACUUUCUUUACCCAAGUGGGGUGGAUCGUUUCAAGAGCCAAUUUGUUCAUCUUGAAGAAAUCGGUGCUAAGGGUGAAAAGACUAGCCCGCAGCUGCGGCAGCAUGCUUCCUUACCAAGGGAAAGAGUUAUCGGCAGCAGUGAUGAGCCUGAAAAGCCAAAUGCAGACUACUGUAUAAAAUUGCAUGUAGAUGAGCUACCAGGUCACACAUCGGUGACGGAUGGCCUUAACAAGCCACUGUUGAAUACUCGAAACUUCUUGAAGAGCGAAAGCAUCGGUGCCUCCAAGUGCAUCGUCGUCAAAGAAAAGCAAGAAAAAGAUACCAAACUGUCGUGGAGGGCAGACAGUAUACCUCUCUACAAGGGGUCCAAUUGUACCCUAGCCGCUUUCAGAACAUGCCUUAUAAGUCCUUGGAAUCCAGUGAUUCAUUGAGUGAACACAUUGAAGUUCCACGCUACGAGUUGAUUCUCUGAUGUAAUGGCCCCUCUAACUUGGAUAACUUGCUAUCAAUCAAAUUAUGUGUGCUCCUUUGUUUUUGCAGGAGGAAUCUAUGUCUGAGUAUAUGUAUGAAGCAUCUGAUUAGGAACCGAAAAGGAUUGCUCAACUCAAAAGUUUGUGAUGGCACAGGGAAGACAGAAGCACGUCCGAUCCAUGGGAGCUUCAAUUCAGAAUCCCGAGCGCACGAAUCAGAUCGAUGAACCACACUGGUGCCGGUGCCGGUGCCGAUACCGGAUAGUCAUCUCAUUGGUUAGCAGAGCAUAGGAUUUAUUUCAAUUUUUUGGGCGCAACUUUGAUCGAUGCUCCCAUUAUGUAACUAGUAGAGUUUAGGAUGUAACCAACAGAGUGUAGAAUGUAACAACAUAUACUGGAGUACAUGACUCGACUUCUUAUUACUCGUGCAAUGUUUUCUUACUAGGUGACUUGAUUC